AAACUCCUGAAUUAAUGAAAUUGCCUCGAUUGUCUAGUGAAUAGUCGGUGUGCCGAAUUGCCGAUAUCGGGUACGGGGUUCGAAUUUUAGGCGUGCUUUGUACAUACCAACGACUUUUCGACGAAAUAUUAUGUUCCUAUAGUAUUUACCUGUACCGAAUAUCGAGUGUUUUAAACAUUAAGAAAAACAUUGCGAUGAAGCUUGUAAGACUGUCCUAUUUCCAUUACAUCAUAUAAUUGAAACUAUAGAUGUAUAAAAUAGAACAAUUAUAGGUAGGUAAUGAAAAUAAAAAAAACUGAUUAUAGUUACAUACUACUAGUAACAUAUAUUGGAGCACUUUAAUAAAAUUUUAUUGUAAAAUAUAAAUUAUAUUCUUUUAUAAUUUGAAAUUAAUGAUUAACUCUUCACACUCAUUGUUCAUUCAUAUGAUUGAACAAGAACUGAACUCAUCACUAUUACUUUAAAUAUAGCAACAUUAUUUCACAAAGUGACAUUAGCUACUGUCAGCUGGCUUCGUCUAAUUAAAAAUCCGACUAUAGGUACCAAUUAAAUAGAUAUGAAUAUACAUAAAUUUUUAACAAUAAUUAUUGGUCGUAAACUUGACAAUAAGUAUUGCCUACAUUAACCCAAAUUAAAACUGAAUCAUAAAAUUAAUUCCCAUAUUAUUUACUGUGUUGGAUUUUGUCUUCAAUGCGCGAAUUUUCAACUAAAUAUCAUCAUGGUAUCGCACGGGAAAAAGACAUCUGCUGAAUGGUUUAUAGACCAGUUAAAUGUGGAUAACGCUAAACGUUUAGCAUUUGUGCUGGUGAUAGGCUUUAUUGGAUAUCAUGGAAUUCUACAUUUGAGAUAUGGCUCUGACUCUUGCACUUGGUUGUUGACAUCAGGCCGAUAUAAAGGUGAUCAUGAAUGGCAACCUUAUGGUUGUAUGUUGCAUCGGUAUUCCAAAACGGAUGCACGCCGCUGUUUAAGAUAUUUAGCUUUCUGGGGAAAGUACAACAGUUUUGCUUUUAUUGGUGAUUCAAGAAUUGAACAACUUUAUGAAUAUUUUAUAGGUCUUCUAAAAAGUCGUCUUGACACGGACCCUGCAUACUCAGUGACUGAGCAUCGGAUGCCAAACUACACAUACAUAGAUCGGAAGCUGAGGUUAUCUGUGACAUUUGUAUACAGUGAUGAUGUAUCCAAGACCAUGGUCGAUCAGUUUAGAACAUGGCAGCGCUCGGACCAGCCACCUUCGUUGAUAGUGGCGUCGACCGGACUCCGACUGCUCCGUACACGGAACACAACAACCUCCCUCCUAGAGGAAUACCAGAGGAACCUCACGCGACUGGUCCAAGCCAUCGAUUCCCUCGCGGCGAGGAACACCCAGGUGCUGUGGAAACUCAUGGAGCCGGUUGAUGCAGAGAAGUUGAAGAACGAAAACAAGAAGAUAACUAAUGCUAAUAUCGACGCUUAUAACCGCGCGGCCGUACAGAUCCUGACGCACAGCGCGGCCAAGGUGUGGGAGUCGGCGCGGCUGAUGUGGUCGGCGGCGCAGUCCCCCGAGGGCGCGGCGCUGGGCGGCACGGCGCUGCGGCACUCGGCGCAGGUGCUGCUCAACAUGUUCUGCAACGACCACAUGAACUUCAACGACGGCAGCUGCUGCGCGCAGCCGGAGCCGCACUCGCAGCUGCAGGUGCUCACCUUUGCCGUUUUUUUCGCGUGCGCAGCUUUAGCCGGCCUGAAGAGCGCGUGGCACUGGUCGCAGACCGUGCGGCAGCGGCUGGGGGGCUACGCCCUCGUGAGCCAGCAGCCGCCCCCCAGCGAGGAGCCCUCGCCGCUGGUCGCCAUUGCAAAGCUCGGCAUGAUCAUGUCGUACUUUUAUUUGUGCGACAGAACUAACUUCUUCAUGAAGGAGAAUAAGUAUUAUUCGGAGUGGAGCUUCUGGUUGCCCGUGGGCUACGUGUUCGCUCUGGGUCUGUUCUUUACCGAAGACUCCAAAUCUACUAGAGUUCUCCACCGCGAACAGACGCUGGAGUGGAAAGGCUGGAUGCAAAUCGUGAUCCUCAUAUACCAGGUGACCGGAGCCAGCAAGGUCCUCCCCAUCUACAUGCUGGUUCGGACGCUCGUCUCCUCGUAUCUGUUCCUGACGGGCUACGGGCACUUCUACUACACGUGGAAGACCGGAGACACGAGCCUCGUGCGAUACUUGAGGGUGAUGUUCAGGUUGAACUUUCUGACUGUGGUCCUCUGUCUGACGAUGAACCGGCCCUACCAGUUCUACAGCUUCGUGCCCCUGGUCUCGUUCUGGUAUACUCUGAUGUUUGUGAUAUUCGCUCUGCCGCCGCACAUCGCGCCCUCCUCGACGCACACGGUGGAGUCCAAGCCGUACCAGUACCUCUAUAUCGCUGCUAAGAUCAUCGGCCUGCUGGUGAUAGUGACCGUGCUGUACCUGAGCGAGGUGUUCUUCCAGAAGAUCUUUGUGACGAGGCCGUGGAAGGCCUUGUUCGUUAAUUCCGACGACGACAUACAUCAGUGGUGGCUCAUGUGGAAGCAGGACAGGUACUCGGUGGCGUAUGGCAUGAUGUUCGCGCUGCUGUACCUGCUGGGGCAGCGGCACGGGCUGCUGGAGGAGGGCGCGCGCGGGCCGCUGGUGGCGGGCGGCGGCGCGCUGGCGGGCGCGCUGCUGGCGGCGCUGGGGCUGGGCGCGUACGGGCUGCUGGUGGCGCUGUGCAGCAGCCCGGCCGCGUGCGACGAGAUCCACAGCUACGCGGCGUGCGUGCCGCUGGCGUCCUACGCGGCGCUGCGCAACCUGUGCGGCGGCCCGCGCGCCAAGCACUCGGCGCUGUUCGCGGCGGCGGGGCGCGUGGCGCUGGAGCUGUACGCCAGCGUGUCGCACGCGUGGCUGGCGGCCGACACGCACGGCGUGCUCGUGCUGCUGCCCGCGGCCCCCGGCCUCAACCUGCUGCUCACCUCGUACGUGUUCGCGUGCGCCGCGCACGAGACGCACCGCCUCACGCUGCUGCUGCUGCCCCGGGCCGUGCCCGACGACUGGCGCCUCGUGCUGCGGAACCUCGCCAUCUUCCUCGCCGUGCUCGUCCCCAUCGGAAUGUACGACGGUAUGUUCUGAGCCGAUCCUCGUUGAGUACGGCUCCUUGUAUUUAAUUGUAUGAAAGUGCGGCCUCUUAUCAUCAUUAUUGCGUGACCAUAAACAAUUUUGAAAUAAUAAUAAAUUUCUUUUUGAAUGUCAAACUUAAUAACGUACACUUGAAACACGCAGAAGUGUAACUUCUUGGACGGGAGAGAGGAAACUACCGUGCUGUUUUUGACAAAAGCAUUGUAAUUUUUUUCUUAUCAAAUCUGUGUUUUUAUUAUACGAGUUUUUUACACAUACGUAUAAAAAAAGCCAAAGAAAAAGCAUAUGAAUGCUUAAUUACUAUUUUUGUGAAACUUUAGUCACACAAUUAAACAUAAAUAAUUACAAUUAAGAACUUGCAGUUGACUUGUUGUGUGUUCUCACCUCAAAUGACGUCACACGUAACGUAACGAAGUUCAAUAACGUUCAGACGAGCUUCGAUAAGCUCGCGCAAGAAUUUUGUAAUAAGCGUGUCCUCAUCCAGGUCCGUAUUAGUGUAGAAUGAACAACGAGUGUAAUAUUAGUUUAGUCUGCAUAUUCGUUUUUUAAACUUAAAUAUAUUUGUGUACUUAAUGCGCUGUUCAUAUGGUUUGUGAUGUGAUAAUAUUGUUUCAUCAAUAUGUUAUACCUGCUUUUUGCAAUUCGCUCUUAUCUAUGUGCUGCUCUGUAUUUUUGAAGUUUACUCUUGAAGCAUGCAAUGUCAUUUAAGCCCACAUACACAUACCUGCAUAAUACAUAAGAAACAUAAAUGUAUCUACAUACGCCAAUGAAGUAGGAAACCUAUGGAAAUGAAACGUCAACUAAAAUUUCGUGCCGCUGUGACGUCAUCUGGCCACAAAACAUGGCGGCUUUAGUGCUGUACAAAAGAUUUCAAUGUUAUCAGGUUUUAUCGAUAAACGUUCUUGGCUCAUUUUAUUUUAAAUAUUGUUGAGUAUUAUUUAUUUGUAGAAUUUAUACUUUAAUGGGAAGUAAGUAGGUAUAUUGUUAUGUGCAAAUAUGAUAUGAUUUAGAUGGGUGAAAUCUAAGACAAGUUCGUCCUUCGAAUUUGCCAAGUAAACGAUAUGAUGAUUUUUAAAAGUUGCUACACUGAUUUUAUAAAGUUGUCGUUUGUCGCAAAACAUAAAGAUAUGGCGUAGUUCAAAGCCAUCAGCCCAUUUCUAGCAUGCUAAAUGUUAUCGUAUUUUGAGUACGUGUUUUUCUUAGACCAUUACAAUCUAUUUUAAUUGUUUUGCUGACUCUAAAGUCCGUAACAUAGUACCGCAGCGCACCCCAAGGAAGGUGCGCCGCACCAUUUGAAUCACUUUCGCUUGAGAGUGUUUCAAAUUUUAAACUUAUCAAGGGACCGCGUGAAAAAAAAAACACCUACAGAACAUUUAUUCAUUAAUUACAAACGUCAUUCCUUGUGACUUCCUCUCUAAAAUCACUUAAUUAUUAAAUAUUUAACAAAUUUACAAUAGUGUUUUACUCACUGCGGAAUAAAACUAUUUUAUUUAAAUAGUUCCGAAGAGAUUUUGUCGGUAGCCUUUUUCCCGAAAUAUCUAAACAGAAUGUCUAAAUAUGUUUUGAUGACAUAUUUUAAAGUGGUAUUUAUGAUUAGUGUCAUGAUCAAUAGAUUCCGACCGAAAAAUGGAUUUUUCGGAUGAGGGCUCCAUAAUGAAUUUAAAUACAUAUAGAUAAUAGUUUUAGGACAUCGACUUUCUUGAGAUCCUAUGAAAUACGUUUUAAUUAUUAUUUUUGUAUGUUUUAAGCAUGAUAAAUUAUGAAAUUUUAUAUAAUCAAUCAUAUUAAAUCGAUAUCAUAGUCAUUAAAUAAUGUACAACCCAAAACAGACGGCCGAACUGACGUGACAAUGACAUUUGGCGCGCCAAACAUGGCGGAUUUUCAGCCUCAUUAGACGGAGACGGAGAUAUUUACGUAUACUCAUGUUUCAUUUUAUGUACGCACUGAAAUACUGUUAUAUUGUUUUCCUGCGAGUUAAAGUGCUGAGUAAGAACGAGAUAGAUAUAUGUUUAUGUAUGUGCCUUCAAAAUGGGUGCUAUUUAUAUAAGCAAUUGUACGUAUAGAACAAUAUGUCGUGUCCCUACUAUAUAGGUCUAUGACAUACGCAUAAGACAUAAUAUUUGGCGGGUAGUUUGGCGAUUGUUGACAAAAACUAGUUAUGUUUUUCAUUCAAAUUCAUGUAAUAUUAAUAUACAUGAGUAAAUCAAAGUCGGGUUUGUUCGAACACUUAUAACUCGAGAACGGCAGGACCGAUUUUUAUGGUCUUUGAUUUGUUGUACACAUUUGUCUCCGUCCCGAAUAGCAGAAUAAAGAAAUAAUAAAAUUGAAAAAAAAAAUGAUAGGUAAAAUAUUUUCCCAUACAAAAUGUUCAUGGAUUUUGUUACUGUCAAAUAUUUAAUGCGUAAUGUUGUAAAUAAUAAUGUAUUCUACAAAGUCGUAGUUCAUUAUUUUAUUCUAUCAUCAAUAGUUUUCGCAGGGCACGCGAUAUAAAGAAUAUUUUAGGUAAUUUUUUUUCGUAAGUUUUCGUAAGGAUCCCUAAUUUUUUCAAAAAAAAUUAUAGCCCAUAUCACUCGGGAAUAGCUUAGCUUCCAAACAGUGAAAGAAUUUUUCAAAUCGCUUCAGUAGUUUCGGAGCCUAUUCAAUACAAACAAACAAACAAAACUUUCCUCUUUAUAAGAUUAGUAUAGAUUGUAUUAAUGUACCAAUAUUAAACAUAGAUGGCAGCGGUUCAAAACGUUUCUUGAAUCAUUAACAGUGUUAAAAAUAGCUGUAGGUACUAAUUACAAUCUUAAUUAAUUAAGUCGUUAAAUUAAUUCUGUCAGUGGUUAUCUAAGUAAAAUAUAUCUAAAUUAAAUAAGUUUACGUAUUAUAUGUACCUGAUAAUAGAUGGAAGAAUAUACAUUAUUUAUGUAACAAUAUAAUUUAUGUAUAAUAUUUUAUCGAGCCAAUUUAAAUAAAUAUAAAUUUAUGAUUAGAACUUUUUUCUAAUUAAAUCGUAAUGCCAGUUUCUAGAACAGAUUCUUUACGCUUCUAUCACAUGAGUGAGCUCAUGCUCAUGAGCAUACUCAUGCUCAUGCUCAUGAGCAUGAGCUUAGAAUAUACAUAUUAUAGAAACGAUUUGUACAUUCUAAAUCCCAUAUUUUUGUUUAUUUAGUUUAUGUUUUUUUUAGUUGGGAUUUUUCUUAAACGAGAACAAACUUACGCUUAACAGUAGCGCACGAAAGUGUGCCUUUCGGCCAUUACUGAAAAUAAAAUAUUUAAUGUUAUGACCAAAUAUUAUUAAUAAAUGCAGUUAUGUAAUCGGGGGAACAAUAUAUCAUCUAAUAAUAAUAGGAAAAUAAUGUUUGCCAUAAUUUUCUGUUAGAUCAAUGUUACAAGCGUCUUCAAUCCAUAUGUAAAUACGCAAAACUUAAUUUGCUCAUAUAAAACUGCUGAUUGCCGUUGAUUGAUUCGAUGCCGUUUGCUAGUCUGUGCUUCUCAACAUUUUUUUUUUCCAUCCUUAAGCUUUUAAAAGCUUUUGAAGAGUUUUAUUUUUAACAGAUUUUUAAAUAGAAAGAUAUAAGUUAGGUACUAUUUUCUCCUUUUGUUUGUCUAUAAGCUUUUGGUAGUUAGCUAUUCAUGAUCUCUGAUGUUAUCAAUUUUUUUUUUAAAUAGACAAUGGUCUCGUUGUCAGGCCAAAGAAAUCUUCAAAAAAAAUCUUCAAAAAGUAAAACUUCUACUACUACUCAAAUGUUUUAUCUAAUUACUAUGUAUUUUCGGACUACAAAUAUAUUAAUAUAACAUAAUUUGCACAAAACCGACUUAUUAUUCCUCCUGACCGUGGAUAAACCUUGUGAAAGAUAUUUGGUAUUCGUUCUGUUAGAAUUGAAAUUGUCUAUGUGUUUCUGGUGUCUGUUAUGCAUUAGAAAAUUCUAGUUUUAGUGGCCAUCGAGAGUGGCUCAUUUAGUAUUAAUUUAUUAGUAUUAUAACAUUGUUCUGUUCUCAUUCACAUCUUCCUAAUCUUUUUUGUUUUAUUUUAAAAUGCACUGUGAUUUUUAUUGUAAGUAAUUGUAUAUUGUGAAAAGUCUUGUGUGAUGAAUUCAUUGGCAAUAAAGAAAAUUGUAAACAUACAAAAAGUUUUCUUAUAUCCAUAACAUUUUCUACGUGUAUAUUUGUGAAAUAAAUAAUAAAAUAAAUUUGCCUCUUUA